GCUCAACCAGCGAAUUGUUGCAGAUGUUGGCUUGUUUCUGUUUCUCAUCAUGCAGCAGGUCGGCAUCCUCCAUUGAGAAAGAAGCUCUCCUGAUGUUGCAGGGUGGGAAUCCUAACAUGAUCAGGAUCCUGGGUCUGUACAAGGGCCGUGUGGGCGAGGGCCGAGGGCUGCUGAUGGAGUUCAUGCCCAAGGGUUCGGUGGCCGAUCUGCUGCAGACGCUGGCCGGGCCGCCACCGUGGCCUCUGACCUUCCGCAUGGCGCACGAGAUCAGCCUGGGCAUGAACUUCCUCCAUCAUCUGACUCCUCCGCUCCUGCAUCUGGACCUCAAGCCCAGCAACGUGCUGCUGGAUGACAGCCUCAGAGCCAAGCUCACAGAUUUCGGUCUGUCCCGAGUGGCUCGAAGCGUUUCUAGAUGCUCCGGACAGAAAGCCGAGGACGAGGGAGGAACGCUGAGCUACAUGCCUCCUGAAGCGCUGCAGUCCGUCAACUACAAAGCCAACAAAGCCUCCGACGUCUACAGUUUCGGCGUCCUGCUGUGGUCCAUGGUCACCGGGAGAGCGCCGUACAGCGACGCUGGGUCCAGUCUGGUGCGCUUCCGGAUCCCUCAGGGGGACAGACCUGACCUGACGUGCAUAGACCGCCGCCAGACUGAGGGUCUGGAUGAUAUGGUGAAGCUCAUGACUGAGUGCUGGCAUCAGGACCCCGACAGCAGACCGUCGUUCCUCUGUUGUGUUAAUGAGACGGAGAAGAUCUUUAGUAUGCACAAGCACGGACUCAAUGAAGCCGUCUAUGGUGUUCUGAAGCUGCUGGAUAAUGAUGAUGAUGAUGAUGUCUGUUCCGGUUUGAGAUCAAUCCAGAUCAGCCACAAACCACUCAAUGAAGCUGGUGCUCAGGGCUCGUCCUGCGUCACUGGACCGCCUCCUAAACAGGAAACAGCUGUCAGUAACACAAAACCCACAAAGACAGAAUCAUCUCCUCGUCCUGCUCCGCUGGUGACGCCUGUCAGAAAAGCACAGCGGCAAACUUCAACACCAGGUCAGUUUUACACGGCUUCAUCUCACUCUGAAUGUAGCUGA